UGGGACGCGCUUUCGUCCAGCCGUCUGGGGCUCGGCCGCGCGGCGCGAGUCUCCGGCGGCCGAGAUUCGUCUGCCCGCGCGGACAGCGAAGACGAAGGAAGGUGCGCACAGGUGCAUGUUGCAGCAGUGAAAGUAUCCGAGCGCAGCUACGAUCUGGCAUCUGUCAAUGCCCUCUUGCAUAGUCAGUCCUGCUCUAACGGCGCCGUUUACGACGGGAUCCGAUCGGCGAAUCGAGCCGCUUCAACCGCGAGCACCCGCUGCCUCGUGAUCCCCGUUGGUGGCGAAGGCCAGCGCACCGGGCCACGCUCGCGCCCGGCUGAUCUCGCGGAGAAGCUCGUCGGAGUCGCAAGGGAUCGGACCUCGCGGGAGUCUCUUCUCGCUAAUCGAAACUUUCGCGAAACUCGCCCGUCCUCGUCCUGAAAAAUGAAGACCACGCGGCUGUGCGCUAUCCUUCUUCUUCUCGUCGGCUGCGCAGCGACUCUCUCCGCCGACUCCAACCCCGAGUACGUGAAGCAAUGUUCCCGGAGCGAUCCGAAACUGAUCACUUGUCUGAUCGACGCUCUGCACCACCUGCGGCCAUACCUGAGCGCCGGGAUACCCGAAAUCGAGCUGCCCGCGGUGGAGCCGUUCCGUAUGGACGAGCUGACUCUCUCCCUGACAGGCGGCGUGAACGGCUAUAAAGUUCAGCUCCGCGACCUGCUCAUAAGGGGUGCGAGCAACUACACGGUGGAGGACAUCAAGCUCGGCUCAUCCUUUCAGGCUAUCGUACGAAUGCCGGCCCUUAUAUUAGACGCGCAUUACUCCAGCUCCGGGGUAUUGAUAAUUCUACCAGCGAGCGGGAACGGCACGUUCCACGCGCGUUUCGGCGACGCCCGUGCUCUAGUUAAGGGGAACGUAUCGACGAGACCGCGAGACGGUAAGACGUAUCUGAAUGUCGACAACCUUGACGUCGACCUGCGGGUGAAGGACGUGCAGAUGCGAGUCCGCAAAAUCUUCAACAACAAUCGGAUACUCACCGAGGCGACCAAUCUCUUCCUGCGGGAGAACGGCCAAGAGGUGCUGAAAAUAAUGGAGCCGCAGCUGAAGAGGAAGCUGUCGGCCCUCUUCGCCGGGAUCGUUAACCAGCUGCUGCGACACGUGCCGGUUGAAACGUUCCUCACACCUUAAGACACCUUAAGUCUGCACUCGCGUCUUCGUUAGUUUAAUCGUUAUACAUACCAGUACCCGCUGUGAAUCGACAAACGAUCUUACACGUGCACACGUAUAACAAGCGGUGGGGGAGCGACGCGUCGCAAGCGAAAAUAGAGCAGCGCAUUAGGCAUUCUUUUUCACGAUAGGGCGGCGAGAAAGAUGAAAGAUCGAAACGGGAUACGCGUAAUCUGUUUCUUUCUCCAUUUCAAUCUUAACACAUUGACUGCCGGCAGGUUCUCUCGUAGCUCGACGCGCGCGUCGCGAAUUCUCCGGUUGAAAACACCGGUGAGUAUUUCUUUUCUUUUUUCUUAUUUUCUGCAGAAUUCGUGCGGGUAUUUUUUUUUUUAUUCUCUGCAAGGAAUUUUUCAGCUGUAACAUUCCCACUGCCAAUUUCUGCUGAGUAGUGUGCGCACAACUGAUCAGCGUUACUGCAAAACUGCUGAUUCGAGUGAUCACGAUCGACCAGCGAAACAAGAA